ACAAUCAAUUCAAAAUAAUCAGUUUAUGUUAACGUUCAAAAUUAAUAAUGUGUAAUAUUUUUUAGGCAUUACCCUAUCUAUUUUCAAAACGUAGAAUCCGAAAUUAAAAUAGAACCCAUAGAAGAAAUAGAGGUAAAAGAGGAAUUCUUUGAUACGGAUGCAAAAUUGGGAUUUUCUUGUACAGUAUGCCAUGAACAAUACAGGACAAAAUCUCAACUCAUUAUGCAUAACCAAAUUCACGAAGUUAAAGCAGUUAACACUAACUAUUCUAACGACUUUAUAAACUGUAAAGAAGAACCUCAGUCGCUUGCAGAAAUUUCAGAUCAUGUUAUAUCAAAUCAACAAUAUUGCAAGAUAUGUAAUGAGUGCUUUCCUAACGAUUUGGUUUUAGCAGCACAUAUGGCCGAACAUAAUAAAGGUCUAAACAGAUUUUAUUGUCCGUAUUGUAAUUAUAAAACUAACGGCAUAAAAUAUUUGCGCACCCACUUAUUUGGUGUACAUUAUAAAGUUAAAGUGAGCGAAGAAAUUGAAAGUGGUAGUAAUCUGAUAGAAAAGAAAGCGAAACUUGAUUUAUACACGAAUUGUUUUGAAUGUACAGUAUGUCAUAAGAGAUAUCCUUUGAGAAAACAACUGUAUCUACAUAAUCGGGUACAUAAGGUAGAGGAAAAAGAAGCGGGGUAUACAGAAUCUAUUCCUCCUGGUUCUUUCACCUGUAAUUAUUGCAACGUUCAAUGCAAUACGCGUGAAAUAGCAGAUGAUCACAUUAAAUCUCACCAAGAAUCAUGUCAGAAAUGCAACCUGUCCUUUCCUAACGCCUUAAUUUUAGGCAUACACAUGGCUGACCAUUACCAAGACGACACUUUUCAUUGUAUCCACUGCAAUUAUAAAACUCUCUUUGCGCUGUACUUGAAAAGACACAUAUUCCGUAGUCAUUACAAAAAGAAAUCAUUCAAUUGUCACUCGUGCUAUGCUACGUAUUGUUCGAAACGUCAACUGAACGAACAUAUUCGAUUUCAUCACGAUCAUAUGGACCCAUAUGCUUGUGUAGUUUGCGAAAAAAAGUUUACCGUGAAAACCAGUUUUCGAAAACAUCAAAUUAAGAAACAUAGACCUUUAGUAGAUGGCGUCAUACCUUAAUAUUCAACAAAGUCACUCAUAUCCUAUAGUAAAAGGUGUAUGAAAAAGGAAAGUUAUAAAAAAUGGAAAGAAAAAUAAAAUCAUAUCAGCAUAAUAUCAAUGCAUUACUUAAUCAAAAUAAUUAAUACAAUUUAAAUAUAAUCUCCAAAUUUUGAAUUUAUUUUAUAUUUUUAAAU